AUGUACAAUGAUGGGUAUAAAGUUGGGAAUCUUCACGAGCAUUUCGCUCAAAUGAAAACGAAUGAGAAACGACGGAGUAGCGUCGGCGUUUCUCCUCCACUUGCCGGCUUUGAGAGAGUUGUUUGGGCUCCGGAUUCAGUACUUGGUUAUAUCCUUGGUGAUAUCGUCGACAUCGGCUCCGAGACGCUGUCCAUUAAACGACGAGAUAAUAAGCAAACGAUCCAAGCUAAGCACGAUGAUGUCUUUCCAGCGGAUGAGAAUCUCGAAAAAACCGUUGAUGAUAAUUGUGCACUGAUGUAUUUGAAUGAAGGAACUCUAUUGCACAAUUGUCAUCGACGAUACCAAAAGAAACAGAUCUAUACCUAUGUCGCGAACAUCCUCAUCUCCAUCAAUCCCUACGAAACGCAACGCGGCCUCUACUCGAACGAAACGAUCGCCUCGUAUCGGGGGAAAUCCUUAGGACAAAUGCCUCCGCAUAUCUAUGCGCUUGCUGACAAAGCUUACCGUGACAUGCGUCGAACAGGCGAAUCCCAAUCGGUAAUCGUUUCCGGCGAAUCGGGAGCUGGGAAAACGGAGAGUCAAAAAGCUGUGCUGAAAUAUUUGUGUGAGAAUUGGGGAAAAGAAGCCGGCCCGAUUCAGCAAAGAUUAUUGGAAACGAAUCCGAUUUUGGAGGCAUUCGGAAACGCGAAAACGACUCGCAACAACAAUAGCUCUCGAUUCGGAAAAUUCGUCGAGAUCCAUUUCAACAACAAGCACCUUGUCACUGGCGGUUUUGUCUCUCACUAUUUACUCGAGAAGUCGAGAAUUUGUACACAAACGAAAGGAGAGCGAAACUAUCACAUUUUCUAUCAAUUGAUCGCUGGAGCUGAUGAGGGAAUGUAUAAAACGUUUGGACUCGGUUCACCGGAGAAAUUUCAUUAUCUCCGCCGAGGCUCAAUGAACUUUUUCGCUCGCCCAGGCAAUGAGAACAAAAUUCUGAAGGAACGUUUCGCGAAAGGGGCUUCAACCACCAUUGAUCCGGUCGUUGACGAUUCGGCCGAUUUCCGGAAUCUUCUCAGCUGCCUCGGGAAAUGCGGAUUGAAUCGAGAGAUGAUCAUGCAAGUAAUUGGCAUUGUUGCUGCUGUGCUUCAUCUCGGCAAUGUGGACUUUGUGGCGAACGAGGAUGGGGGAAAAGAUGGAAGUAAAAUGGCGCCAGGGUGUGAGAUCUCUUGCAAUUUCGCUUCUCGUCUUCUCGGCAUUGAUGAGCAACAAUUGAAAAUGGCGUUAACUUCGCGGGCAAUGCAACCGAGUCGAGGAGGGACAAAAGGGACAUUGAUAUUG